AUGUGUUACAGCCUUUCGGGCCCACCUAGCUUUAGCCCGUUCUCCUGUGUUGCAGAGGUGCUCGAGUAUUGCAGCGUGUUGGGCAUCGACGCCGAGCGGGAGCCUCAUCUCGUGCCCCUCGCCCGCACGGCGCUCCUGCAGCCGCUGCCUAAGCCCUGGGCACCUGUCGAGGACCCCCGAGUGGGCGUGUACUUCUUCAACCAGGCGACGGGCGGCAGUUCGUGGGCGCACCCCGUCGACGACAUCGUCCGCGCCCUCAUCGCCAAGGAGAGAGCCAAGGGCGCCGCCGCCCACGCUGCUGCUGGGGCCGGAACUGCCAGCGCCGCCUUCUGCAGCGCCCACGCCAACGCUGCCGGCAAGGGGAGCUGCACAGACUCGUGCAUCGAGGACCUGGUGACGGACGAGGACGUCCUGGUGUCGGAGUUCCUGCGGGAGGCGAGCCAGGCCGACCACGCCCCCUCCUCCUCCUCCUCCUCCGACGCCGACGCCGCCUCCGACUACGCGGCCGCGGCCCCUGCCUUGGGCGAGGCCUUCGGCAGGAGCCUCCCUCGGCCUGCGUCGGCCCCCCCCCCGGGCGGCCGCCAUGGCAGCGCGGCGGGGCGCAGCGACGACGACGACGCCACGCCCAGCGAGGACGACCUCGAGGACGUCAGCGAGGGCAGCGGCGGCAGCGUGAUCGUCGACCGGAGGGGCGCCGCGGACCCGCACGGCCUCGCCGACGCCCUCAGAGGCAGCCGCUCGCGCGCGCUCGGGAAGCACAGCGACGCCGAGCCGCCCGCCAUGCUGGGCGGCAGAGGCCUUGGGCGGGCGCCCCUGGGCCCGCCGCCCCUCGCCCACCCGCCGCUGGGGGGGCCCGCGCCCCUGGGUAGCAUCGGGUCCAUGGGCGGAGGCAGGAUUCCCCCGCUGGGAGGCCAGCACACGCCCCUGGCGCCCAUCGCGGCGGCCGGGCGCAGCGGCCCCCACGCCGCCCAGCUGCUUGCAUUAUGUGCGGAGAAAAUCCUAAAUAUGCGCCUAAAUAUGGUGCUUCCACAGCCUUUUAAAAGUAAUGGUCGAAGGCGGAGUUAUCAAUGA